CUGUCACUGUACUCAUUAUGUUACAUCAAUUAAUUAUGGGUCUCCUUCCGUGCACAAGUGCGCCGACUUGUCGGGCAAACCGGUCCAUGGCCUGCUUUUGGUUGCGGCCAAUGCGCAUACGGGGACUCGUGUCCAUGACACACACCGUGCCAAACACUUGGCUGUCGGUCUGGAGCAGCAGUCCGUAGUAGAACCGGGCGGCUUCUUUGCCCCGCACCCGCACCGAGUCCUGGAACCGACCGUCCACGGUCGCAUCGGGCACGAUCAGCGGGUCCACGCUGGCCACGGUGUGGACGCAGAACGCACAUGUGACAGGGAUCGAUGCAGGCACGUACCCCGUUCCAGCGGCGCCCUUGAGCAUGAACUGGUCCUUGUACAGCAGCACCACAUACGCAUUGGAGCACUCCAUUGCCACGAGGGCUUCCUCGCACAGCGCGUCGUACGCAGAGUUGGACGAAAUGUCUAAACACGCUGCCUCGACGUCGGCAGGCGUCACGGCGUCGAGUGCGGCGGACGGCGACGGGGGUUGCGACGAGGCCGACGUAGACGGCGACUGGUCCUCGCGGGGGGGUGCGGCCGGGCUGUCUUCGUUGCUUGAACUCGGGGGAAGAAGAUCGAGCUUGUCGUUGGGGGGGACAGCGGCGAGCGAGUUAUCGAUGGUGGGGCUUGACGGAUCGACUUUGAUGUCGUCGCUGAAGCGGAGGUCGGCGGGGGCGAACCGCCGCAUGGGGUACAUGGCCAUGAGAUCUUCCACGCUCGAGAAGCUUGUGUCUUGGAGCACCGCCGCCGAGCUUGGCACGGUGCUGGUGUACGUGUCUCGCAGCCGAAUGUGCAUUUCGUCCGAGAGGGCCGACAUCCGCGGCAGGUUGGGAACGCGGCCAAACCCGUCGUUCAAGUCCUCCAUUGUCCAUGUGGGAGGCGGGGACGAAGACGGCGAUGACAACAGCGACGACAGUGGGGACAGCUGGUGGUUGGCCGACUGGGGCAAGUCCAGAGCCGUCGAUCCAGGUCUAUGUUGGACGACUUGCGGUGACAACAGGAGGACAGGCGAGUGCGGGCGGCUUGAGGGCGGUUUGCACGUCCGACACACGACGCUGGCGUGGCCUGUAUCGGCACACUGGCCGCAGAAAAACAUGCCGCAGACGACGCAUUGGGCUUCCGACUGCCGCGUCGCACACGUCUGGCACUUGGCCGGUCGCAGCGUGGACCUGCGCUGGGGCGGGAGCCCCAGACUGCUUUCGCUCCACCCUUCGUCGUCGUCGCCGUCGUCGUCCAGGACAGGUGCAAACGCCAGGGGGUUGUGGUUUGAGACGAGUGUGGUGCCCACAGAGCGCGGCACGACUGGUCUGUCGUGGUGUUGGUUGGAGGCUUUGAUUUGGACAAGGCACAUAAAGCACACGGGGACCUUGAACUGAAGUCCGUUGGGGCUCACCACGCUCUCCAAAGCUGAACAGUCGGCGCAAAUGCCACCGCCACACACACUGCAUGUGCACGCCCUCCGAAACCAAUGGAACCCCUUGUCGCAGAUCCGACACGCCGCGUCGACGACGACUCCCCCGGCAUCGGCGUUCGUGGGUGGACACACAGCCAGGAGUCGCGUGUCGGGCGCGCCGCCGCCGCCGUGAUUUCGUUGGCGACGAUGACUAAGCACGACUUGUGCCCAUGACGACAUGCACAGGCCAAACUUUUCCAGCCGCGAUCGAGUGUCCAGCGAACUGGCAAACUGCUUGGGGUACACGGCAUGCUCGGCGUAAUACGUCACUCGAACGCCCCCCGGUCGGAGGGUGGACCCGUUGAAGCGCUCGACGAGAUACCCGCCCAUGAUGUGCGUGUGACGUGGCACAACGUGGUCGCGACUUGUGGUGGGGUAGUUGCCGUUGUCGAUGGACUUGAACACCCUCAACACGGACGUGGGGCUGAUGGGCUGGACGUGGUCCAGGAACAAAAUCUCCUUGGGAUGGGUCAGAAAGAUGCUCUUUUCACGAAACAACACUUUUUUCAGCGUGCAAGACGUCGGCACGUGCAGUUGUUGCAUGCCGUUGUCCGCGUCGUGGGUGUCAUAUGACGUCGCGGCACCAAUCGUCGCCAACGUGUGCAAUUGAAUCAUGUCCUGGUCACUGAAAAUACGCCGGAGGAACCCGUCGUCGGGGGCUUGCAGCAACUCGACCACCUCGGCAAGCGUCGCGUCCGCCAUGUGGACGUCCGAGUGGACGGUGAAGAGCUGCAGCCGCUGGCUGUACUUGGACACGAGGUGGCCGUUUGUGGUCAGCACCAGCUCGGUGGCGUCGCUGGACUUGGCGCGCUGGUCUCGUGGAAUAUUGGCGCGCUUGGCGCACUCGUGCCGAAAGAUCGCUACGAUCUCAUCCAUACGCUCGAGGAGAUCCUCGUCUUCGCAUGAGGGCAGGUCUUGCAUGAAACCCCAUGGCCACUCACCGCGGCUGGAUGGUCCUCGGUCGAGCGGGUUUGGCUUAUGUGGUGGCGGCGAUGGCGCAGUAGGUUGAAGCGGGAGACGGUUGGAACCGGCUGGAUUGGCUGUGCCGUGGCGGCGCGCAGACGACAGCAGC